AUGAAUUUUUAAUUUAUUUCAAUAUUUAUGUUAUAGGUGUCAUAAAUGGGACACGACUUUUAUAAUUGGGUGCUUAAACCAAAAUUUGAUAUUGAUUCUGAUUAGUGGAAUCCUCUUCUUUUUUACUUUACGUAUUCUAUUUAAACAUUAUAAAUAGUCAUUUACCUCACAAUUAUUAAAAACAAUAAAUACAUUUACCUCUCCUAUGCUAUUGGGUGUUGCUUUAUUGGAUAUCGAGUGUAUUUUUACGGUUCUGCUUAACUUUGGUCCUCAUUUCAACUGCUAAAUUCAAAUUUCAAGAGAAAUAAUCAUUUGUAAUUAGUUUGUUACAUUUUAUCACUACUCACAUUUGUACUCGUAUACAGUUUGCAAUAUGAUGGUUUUUUAAAAUUGAGUAUGGCCAGUGAAAUAUUCUAAUGUUUAAGUUAUAUGAUUUACAUAAUAUAUACGAAGAAAGACAAUAAACAAAAUUUAAAGAUGGUUCAAGGCCUGUUGCUGAACGAAAUUUAAAAAAAUUGCUUCUUAAAAAUUUUCGAUAAAAAUAGAUAAUUAAUAUUUACUUAUCCAACAACAGGUGAAACACAAAAGCUAUCCUUUGAAAAUAAUUACAAAGUCUACAUGGAUUAAGAGUUGAGCAGCUCUCCUUCUAAUCAAAAGUCCUUCAAUAGAACAAAAACCUUUCAUACCACCGAAGAUUUCAUAACUUAUUUGGAAACUGAGGAUAAUCUUGAUAGUUUACACUUUAAUUGGUAUUUGGCAACAAUCACUGAUUAACAAACUAAGAUAAAGACUAAAUACCGUGUUACUCAAUAAAAAACCAAUGAUGAUUUGAUUGUCCUAUAUUUUAUGAGAAUUGAUCCCACUAUCUCAAAGAAAUCUAAUGUCAAAUUUAUGCAUCUCAAAAAGGAUAUUUCCAAUAUUUUUACUCAUAAACUGAAAACACCAUUGAAUGCCGUACUUGGACAUUUAACAUAAGCCUAUUAUGAUCAAGAUGUGGAUAUGAAAAUACAGAAUAACUAUAUUAAACCUGCUUAUGUAAAUUCGAAAUUACAAUUAUUUUAAAUUCAAGAUUUGCUCGAAUAUCUGAAUUCAGAUUAAGAAGCAUCCUCUUUGUAAAUAUGCAAAAUCAAUUUGAAAACCCUCUUUAUAUCAUUACAAGAGUUGAUCCAGACAUAAUGCUCAAUGAAAAACAUACAUUUAUUAUUCACUAUUAAUGACAUUAAGUAUAAUAAAAUGGAUAAGAUCUGUAUCUAUUCUGAUGUUCUAAAACUUGAAAGAGCCCUAUUCAAUUUAUUAAAUUUAUCUUAUAGAAACACUACCUAAAAUGGAAUCAUCUCCUUAAAUGUAACAAUAGAUAAAGAUGCAGAAGAUGCCUCAUUCUAAAUAUCAGAUAUGGGAAUGGAAUUGUCAUAAGAAGAAAUAGAUGACAUAAACUAAUCGAUUGUUUGUUAUAAUUUAUUCAAGGUUUCUAAGAAGAAAUCCCAUUAUUAAUAAGAGAUGUUAACAACUCUGUCAUUAACAAGCAAAUUGAUAAAGUCUUUGAAUUAAUUCAAUAACUAAUCUUUAGAAUUAUGUUAAACAGAAAACAGCGGUAUUGUAUAUAAAUUUAAAAUUAACAUCAAUAGAGAAAGAUCGGCUGAUAGUUCUCUUGAAUAAUACAAAAUUGGAUACAUUUUAAAACAAAGAAGUUGUAGAUUACUGCAUACUCAUCAUAAUAUCUCUUAAAAAUCGAUAUUUUCCGGAUAAGAUUUAAGCAUUCCAAUUCUUGAGGACUCAAUUGAUGAACCUUCUGCCAAUACUCCAAUCAUUGUGAAAAUGAGUUUGCCAUCUAAGAGAAGUUAGCAGCAACAGAGAUAAAUAUCGGAUCAGCCAUAAUAGUUAUCUUAAACAUAAAUUGAUUAAACAAAAUCAAUUCUGAUUGUAGACGAUGAACCAUUUAAUCAUGAUACAUUAAUUUUGAUGUUAAAAUCUUUGGGAUUUCAGAGUUUUUUUAAAGCUUUUGAUGGACAACAAGCUAUUAAUAUAGCCAUUGCAAAAUAGAAUGAAAUUCAUGUUGUGUUUAUGGAUCUUGACAUGCCGAUUAUGGGUGGCAUAGAAGCAACCAAAUUUUUAGUAGAAGAGAUGAUGAAACUCAAUAUGCCAUAUUUUCCUAUAAUUGGGUGUACUGCCCAUGGAGAUGCCGAUUCAAUUGAAUAAUGCAUAUAAGCUGGUAUGCUUCACGUGGUUGUGAAGCCCGUAUUUAUAAAGAAUUUGAAGGAAACUUUCAAUUUGAUUUCGGAUCAUCCUUAAUAGACUUAUAAUCGCAUAGGAUCACUGUAAUUUUGA